AUGCAAAACGAAGCGAAGUCGUCUUACAGAGAAGCAUCGAGUUAUACAUGAUGACGUUUAAACCGACGUAUUUCUUUUUAGCAAUGUCCAUAAUCUACGGAUUUGCUCUUUUAUGUUCUUCUAGACACACACGCAUAAAUGAGUAUGGACGUUUUGACAGGACCUCUCAAGAUAAAGUUCGUGAUUCAGAAGAAUUCAUAGUGCGAAAAAGACCCACAGUUCUGCUAAACAGAUUAUUGUACGCUUUGCAGAAUGUUAUACAGCCAGAUGAAGUUGUCACCAAACAACACCAAGAACUGGAAAGAAGGAACUAUCCUAAACAGUACUGGAGAUGCUAUUUUAAUGCUGUUAGUUGUUUCAAACGGAAAAGACAGAUUCCUGAAAACCUGAUAAAAAGUCACUGAAAGAAUUGUCGACGGUUGUUUUGACUGGAUCAAAAUUUAUUUUGCCUAUCUCUUUUUAUUAUAAAUCUAAAUAAGAUUUGGGCAUAAUAUAGCAUUUGUAGAAAUGGUAUGUUAUGUAAAUAACUUUUAACAAAAUUUUACGAAAGGGCCCAAACAUGUGAUCCAUUUGUUUCAUACAAAAUACUUUAAAUUAAUGCAUGAGAUUUAAGCCUAAUUUAAGAAGGUUUUAAAUCAUUUGAUAAUAUAUUGGUUAAAAUGAUUGUUCCUUAAAUAAACUGAUUGUUCCAUGCUAUAAAUUACACAAAAUUUAUACCUUCACAUAACACAUCUGAAACAAAUAUGACAAUGUUUUUUUUUCGAUUUUUUUUUCAAAUAUUUUUUGCUAACACAGUUUUCUGAUAACAUUAUUUGUUACUCAAAAGAAACGAUGCAUCUUAUUUUAUUCGAAGAAAAUUAAAAAUAAGAAUAUUUUGGAUAUGUUUUAUUUAUAUAAUCAUUAAUAAA